CUUCCUCGGUACAGAUGUUACACAAGGACUAUAACCACAUCUACAAGUAAAGACAACACCUCUGGCAAAAUAGCUGUAUUAUUUUUAACCUUUGUGCAACACGAAAGGAAAAAUGAAGCUACAACUUUUGAUCAUCAGUAUUUUUAAUUAUUUGGUUUCAACCGAUCAAGAAGAAGAGAAACAGCUGCUGACCACAGAGGGAUUUCCGUUCGAUGACGAAUACUUUAAUUCCAUCUACAAUUUUACAUCUCCACUGUAUGAGAAUGAAGCAUCUGCUCCUUGCAGUGUAAUUGUUCAUGGAUUUAACAACUUGGGCAUAAUGAUCACUUUCCUCGUCGUGUUUUUCCUCAGUGUUGUAGGCAACAGUGUGGUGGUCUAUGUGGUUUGUUACAUGAACAAAGGGAGAACCAGCACAGAUAUCUACCUGAUGCACCUGGCGAUGGCUGACCUUCUCUUCAGUCUGACCCUACCAUUCUGGGCCGUCAACGCUCAUUUUGGCUGGAUCUUCGGCAACUUCCUGUGCAAACUCCUGUCAGGCUUUCAAGAGGCUUCGGUCUACAGUGGUGUCUUCCUGCUGGCCUGCAUCAGUAUGGACCGUCACUUUGCCAUUGUGAGAGCUACACGUGUCCAGCCCUCCAAACACUGGUUGGUGAAAGUGGUGUGCAGUUUGGUGUGGCUGGUGGCUGGUAUGCUGUCCUUACCUGUUGUAAUUCAAAAGGAGAGCAUGCAUGCUGAUGAACUGAACCGUAGUAUUUGCUACGAAAACCUAACUGGUGAAAGCAGCGACUACUGGCGUGUUAGCAUGCGAGUAAUGCGCCAUACACUGGGCUUCUUCCUGCCACUGGUGGUGAUGGCUGUCUGCUACGGCUGGAUUGUGGUGAAACUGUUUCACACACGUAAUCAGCAAAAGCACAAGGCCAUUCACAUCAUCCUGGCAGUAGUGUUGGCAUUUGUUGUCUGCUGGUUGCCUUAUAACAUCACUGUCCUGAUUGACACGCUCAUACAAGGCGGGACAAUUCCACUAGAGUUGUGUGAAACUCGCUACAUAGUGGAAGUGAUGUUACAUGUGACCCAAGUGAUGGCAUUUCUGCACUGUGCAGUGAAUCCGGUGCUGUAUGCGUUCGUUGGGGAGAAGUUCCGUAACCAGUUUCUCUCAGCUCUUCACAAACACGGCAUUAUCAGCAAGAGGCUCCAGAGGGCUUACAGGAGGGGCACUGAGAGCAGUGCAGGGAGCAUCAGAUCUAGAAACACCUCCAUCUAAAAAUAAUAGGUUUAAACAGGUAACCUAGCUCUGUCUAAAAGUAUAAAAUCCAACGCCUGCUGGCUGUUAAACAUGGUAUGUAGCAUCGACAUUUUAAGGACACAAUUAACUUUUGCAAACUAAAAACAGACGGAGAAAAGGCUCAAAAGUUAUAUUAUAAAAACAGGGACAUUAUCCGAACCCUAGAACGUGUGGCAGCGUACCUGUCAAUCACAAGCUAGCCAUUCCCAAAAGCAUAAGCUGCUUUUUUGUUUAAUUCACUUUAAAUGGGACCAACAUUUAAGUUUUUUACGCCAUGCAUUAUUAAGGAUGACUUAUAUGUAAAGAUCUAGCCAGUAAACUUGUCACAAAAAUGUUUGGUGAGGUAAUAAAUAAGUGAGAAGUAGGGUCCUUUUCUCAUAGACUUCUAUACAAUCAGACCUCUUCUUGCAACCAGUGGAGUCUCCCCUGCUGGCCAUUAGAAAGAUUGCAGGUUUAAGGUAAUGCAGCUUUGUAUUUAGCAAAAUAUUUGUUGGCCAGGAGCAGUAAAACCGCUUGACUUUAGGUGCUGAUUUUGAGUAUGGGGAGGAUCUUUUUUUACAGACAGUGCAAGGGUAGCUACCUUUUUCUUAUCUUUAUGCUAAGUGGCUUCUGGCUGUAAGCUUAUGUAAGUACAUCUGCAUUAGAAUAGUAUUUUCUUAAAUAAAAAAGGAAAUGAUCUUAUUCUCCAAACUAUAGUAUGUUUAAUUGGCCUAACAAAUGAUACUAAGGAUAAUUAUGGUUCACAUAGCUUCAGCUGGAUGUCUGCUUUAGGAUCCUGCCGCAACCACAAUUUGUAUCCCAUAGCUUAAGAGGGAAUUCAAAAAUAUAUUCUUGCUUUUAAUGUCUUUUGAAGCCUCUUUGAAGUGAAAUUAGACCAACAAGCACUCUAUAAAGGGGAAAAAAGCAUUCAACCGCAUACAAAAUCUGUUAGCAAUUGAGAGAAUGGGGUAUGCAUUCAAGGUAGUUAAUGAAAAGCUGCACAGCCAUUGACUAGUUUGAUAGAAUGCCAUACUUUUUCGAUUUUGAAAACCGGUGCCAUUAUAUAGAUGUUGUUGUUAUUGUAUUCUAUUCUUUAAAAAGAUCGUGUUGUUUUUCAUAAAAAGAAAGUAUUUUAAUAAUCUCCUUUCUUUGUUCAUGAUUCUGUGACGUUAUGGUCUUGACUGAGAGCCAUCUUCUUGUUUUGAACUUUCGAACAACGUUUUUUUUCCUUUGCAGUAGCAAAAACAAAAAGUAUUUUUCUCAUACAUUAGAUAUUAUUGAUUUCACCAAUGUUUAUGGUAAUAUAGUGUGCGUGCAGGUAUAAAGUACAAGAGGGGAAAAGAGUCUGAAACUUUGCAGAUGUCAUUAGGGACGUUGUUACCUUUCAUACAGACCUGUUUGUGGUCUUGUGUCCAGCGUAUCAGCACAUUUCAAUCCUUUUACGUUGUCAUAACCUGCAUCACAAGCCACUAAAAAUAAAAGGAAACCAUUAUUACCAGAACCUCAUAAUCAAAAUGUUCAAAAAGAGGCCAAAUAAACAUACUCAUUCUGUUUAAUUGCACAUACUGUAUAGUCAGUAUGCUAUGUGUCCUGGAGAUGAUGUAUGCAUAAUAUGAUGAAUUUCUGUUUCGUUAUGUGAAAUAACUGCGGUAAUGAAAGUCCUUUCACUGUGCAAAGAAAAGUGAGAAAAGAAGAUGACAGACAGGAAUGCGUUAUCUGAUCAAAAAAGAAGAAAUAAAUAGAGGAAGAAGAGUAUUUAGCAAAACCUUUCUUAUUUGAUGAUUCAUUUUCAUUUCAGCUAUUUAAUGUUUUUUAAUUGUUCAUAAUGUCGUUUAGUUUGGCUCUAAAGCUGUUAGCUUAAUUUAAUGUAAUAGAUAGAAGGUAUAUUAUUUCAUCCUUAAAAUGUGUGGAGAAGAAUAAUA